AUGUCGUCGACUUCUAUUUUCCGUCUCGCAACACGCGCCGUCCGCCCUUCCGGCGUCUUCAGAGCUUCCCAAUUGCCCCGGUCCCGGGUGCAGGUUCCGGCUGCUCUGGCUGUUAACCGCGCCAGCAACUUCAGCACCACGUGCAAGCGCCUCUCUGGAGCCCACGACGACGAGACCUUUGAGGAAUUCUCUGCCAGAUUCGAGAAGGAAUUCGACGCCGUCCAGGAUGUUUUCGAGCUCCAGCGAAAUCUCAACAACUGCUUUGCCUAUGACCUCGUCCCGUCCGUUGAGGUUCUCUCUGCUGCCCUGAGGGCUGCUCGCCGUGUCAAUGACUUCCCCACCGCCGUCCGUGUCUUUGAAGGUAUCAAGGCCAAGGUCGAAACCCCCGACCAGUACAAACUAUACCUCGAGAAGCUCGACGGUCUACGCAAGGAGUUGGGUGUCGCUCUUCGCGAGGAGCUCUACCCCAACGAGGAGUAA